AUGCUUCAGCUUAUACAACAGUGGGAAUCAGUCGGAACAGGUCUGAACAUGAACAUUAAUGAUUAUGGUGAGCUGAUAUUUUCAUCUCUGAAUACGACUGCAGAGAGUCCACAAGAGCGAAGCCCAGGGGUCUUUAGUCGUAUCGGCAGCUGGUUGUUGUGGGGUUGGGGCAGCCCAUCGCCGAGUGGAGAUGUGUCAUCAUCCAAAACACAACAAAACAGUCAAGAAGAGGCAUCAGACGAGGACAGCAGAGAAAACAGCUCACCUGCCCCCGCCACUGAGAGAAACCAUUGUUCAGCAGUAGAGGAUCACACCCCUGUCCCAUCAGAGAUAAGCCCCUCCCUUACCUGGAAUGCCAAACAUUUGAGAAUCGAUUCUGCUGGAGGGGGAGGGUCGAGGGGUCAAACCUCUCAGGUGUAUCUGGAGGAGACCGGUGAAGACACAGAUCUUCUCUUUCACUCCAACAUAAAACACAGCAAAAACAGUCAAUCACUUAAGAGAAGAGAGCCAAAUAUCUCUCUCUCAGAACCAGCAUCACAGGUUGACCUCCUUGACCAAGAGGAGCCAGACCAAAUGGGCCGGAGAAGGUCUGGAAGGAAGAGGAGGGGCUCUCAGGGAGAUGGGGGCGGGGCUCAUUCAAAAUCACCAACCACGAGUCAGCCCAGCAGCCCUGCAAUAACCAGUUGUGCAAGAAGCCCGGAGACACUGUGGGCUGAGUCAGCGUUUGAGGAGGCGCCAAAAACCGUUCGCGAAUGCUCCCGAGGGGAAGCGCCAAACUCACCUGAAGCAGGUAGCUACGAAGAUACAGUACAAACAGAAUGGGCAGAAGCACACCUGAGUGAGGACACCGUUGAACCCUUGGACUCGCCGGACGACCCUGUCCGCAACACGUUGACCUCUGCUACUGAUUUAGACAUGGAUGAGGACACUGUUGUCAGACUGACAGAAACUCCUGAGUCCAAACGCAGAAGUGUCAAAGUUUCUCACAGUGAAAAGUUUUUCGCUAAGAAGGUCUUUGUCACCUCUAAGACCCCUACAGAGGAUCAACAUGAGAAGUUUAAGAGAGCCGAAGAAACGACGGACCUUGGCCUGACGAAGACUGAAGACAGGGCAAGAUCUUCAGACAACAGGCAGGAUGGCAAGACGAAGGGCCGAAUUGCAGACAAAAUCAGUAUGUUUGAAGGCCAAGCAACCAGUACAGCUAAGAGCAACACAAACCCAAGGCUUCUCGACAUUGCACCAGGACGAAAUGUGACGAGUCACCUCAAACAGUUUACAGAACCUGCGGAUACACAAGCCGGUUCCACCGUUCCAAAGCAAUCGAUUAAAGAUCGGGCACUGAAUUUCAGCACAGGCCGGAAGGGGGACGAGACGUUUACACUGCCAUCUGGGACGUCGGUGGUAUCUGGGAAAACAUCGAACGGUGGACAUUUAAAGACAGUUGGUUAUACUGAUACAUCUCAGGUUUUACAAUCUACAGCAAAACCAUUUACCAGCAGAGAUAAACCUACGGUUAAACCCAAACCUUCUUCAAGCGCAGACCAAACAGAUUCCAAAUCCCACAAUGCAACAGAGAUUGUUUCUACGUUGUCAAAAAGCACAAUUGGCUUAAUAGUUGAGGAUAAAGAGAGUUGUUUUCUGCCAUCAGUUUCAAAACCAUCUGAUGAGACCCAGCAAGUCAAAUCUCCGACUCGGACCGGCUCAAGAUCCAAAAAGCGAAGAAGCAAAGAUACGGCUCAGCCGCUCAGCCCCACCAGCAAGAACAAACCAGAAUCAGUUCAGGAAGUGAAAGACAUAAAAAGCGAUUCAAUGCCCAAAAUCACCUCAAAACCUUUUACAGAUGAAAAAAACAAAUCUAACAACUCUGUUGAGGAGAUUACAAGUGUAAAACCUAAAGAGCAACCAGAAAUGUUAAGAGCAGCAGAUGUGGUGCAAAACACAGAAAAUACACCAGACACGGACCUAAAGAAGAUAAAAACUUUACAAGCGAAUGCUAAGAGUUCCAAAGAGAUCAAAAGCAUUGAUGAGAAGGAGAGAGAUAAAAGGACUUUCGGCUUUAAAACUAAGACAGUGACCUCCACACCUCAAAUGCAAUCUUCACCACCUUCUAUAUCUGAAGAGAAAAAUGCCCAAACUGAAAAUAGCUACAGUGAGGACCAGACAGAACGAAAACACUCGGAAACCAAAGAGCAAAGGACAAACAGCAACAAAACACCAGUGGUUCAGAAGAGCUCAGAAAGAGAGAGAUUGAAGCACAGAGGCAGGAUUGUAAAGAAACUGUCUGAGGAACUAUUGAAACUAGAUCCACCUGGGACAGGUGAAGAUCGACCAUCAUUCCCAGAUCACCUGAAGGGAUCCAACUACUCUGAGUUAGCCAGUAGCAGCUCCAGGAAGGAUGUCAUGCAGAACAGAGAAAGUGAGACAGAUAUAAAGGUGUUACCUGAGAAACACGCCGCUACAUGCGUGUCUACAACAAGAAGAACCAGUAGCGUAAAAUCAAAUGAGGAACAAACCCAGUCAAAGCCAAGCCACAAAAAUGAUGAGAAAGAUUGUUUGACUGAGACAACAAGUCAGAACAAAAACAAAGACAAUGUGACAAAAACAAUCCACCAAAGCACUAAGAGCAAAGAACAAACGGCAGCAGCCGAUGAGAGAGAUUUAAAGCAGGAGGGAAUCAAAUCCAGCACUGAAACUACAGUCACUCUUAAAACCAACACAAAAAUUACAUCUGUAGUGAAUAGAGAUGUAACAAAAAAGACCUACGGUGAUCAGCAAUCUGGAGAAAACAUACUUUGCUCUAACGAUAAAAAUACAGUUUCUGCAAUACAACCUAACAAAGGGAAUCCUUCUGUCAUUGAGAUGCACACCUCAUUAUCCUCCAGAGCCAAUGAAUUAUUCACAGAGCAACCUGAUCAGGCCGAUGGGAAGACCACUACUAAACCUGCAUUAACAAAUCAGCCACCUUCUAGUUUAUCAGCAUCACUUAAUGAAAAGACCACGCCUCCACCCUCAACUACUAAAAAGGCCACACCUCCACAGGACUCAAUUAAGGAAAAGAUCACGCUCUCACCGGCUUCAUCAGAUAGAACGACCACACAUACUACUGAAACAACUACAGAAAAGGCCACACCUUCACCAGACUCAUUUAAGAAAAAGUACACGCCCCCACCGCCUUCAUCAGAUAGAACGACCACACCUACACCUAAAACAACUAAUGAAAAGGCAACACCUACACUAGCUUCUUCUGAGGAAAAGCCCACACCUCCACCAGCCUUAUUGGAUGUAAAGGCCACACGUCCACCAGACUCAAUUAAGAAAAAGACCACGCUCCCACAGGCUACCUCAGAUAGAACGGCCACACCUACACUUGAAACAACUACGGAAAAGGCCCCACCAGCCUUAUUGGAUGAAAAGACCAUACACUUACCAGCAUCAACUAUUGAAAAGGCCACACCUAAACUAGCCUUAUUGGAUGAAAAGGCCACACCUCCCCCAGCAUCAACUAUUAAAUAUUACACACCUCCUCAGGUUUUAACGAAUGAAAAGAUCACACUUCCACUAGCUUCUUCUAAGGAAAAGCCCACACCUCCACCAGCCUUAUUGGAUGAAAAGACCACACACUUACCAACAUCAACUAUUGAAAAGGCCACACCUAAACUAGCCUUAUUGGAUGAAAAGGCCACACCUCCCCCAGCAUCAACUAUUAAAUAUUACACACCUCCUCAGGUUUUAACCAAUGAAAAGAUCACACUUCCACCAGCCUUAUCAGAAGAAAAGGCCACUCCUCCACCAGCCACAUUAGAAGUAAAGGUCACACCUCCACCAGCUUUAUUAAAAGACAAGGCCGCACCCACACCAGCAUCAACUGUUGAAAAGGUCACACCUCCACCAGCCUCUUCUAAGGGAAAGACUACGCCUUCAGCAGCCUCUUCUGAGGUAAAGGCCACACCUCCACCAGCAUCGACUAAUGAAAGGAACAUUCUUCCACCAGCAUCAACUAUUAUAAAGACCACACCUCCUCAAGUUUCAGCCAAUGAGAAAUCUCCAGCUCUCAUUAGUAUAAAUAAACCUCAAUCUUCAGACCCAGCCACAAGAAAAAAGGAAUUUGUCCUGAAGCCCUUGAUUCUUCCACAGAUCCCCUCUGUACCCGGACGUGUCUCCCUGAGCGGGGACUCUCCAUCCAGCUGGCUGGAUGUGGAACGCCCUGUCAGGCAAAAGCAGUCUAGUCCAGACCCCAAACCAAAGAUGAGCUCUUCCGUCAGUGAAACUGACCUGCUGGAAGCUUCCAGAGAAUUCGACCCAGAUGACUUUCUUGCCAAUGUAAGGAGGUUAGCAAUGCCCUUCACUGUUCCCCAACGCAAAUACAAGCAGAAUCGCCAGCAAGCCCCUCCAUUCGCCAUGCCUCCCAUCAAAGAAGACCACGAGAAACCCUUCGAUCCAGAGGAGUUCAAGUUUGGCCUGAGUAGAAGGAGGGAAUUCAAUUUGAAUCCAAUCACCUCCUCACUAUCCAGGGGUCAAAACUCAGAGGUCAAGGAGGAGGACGACAAGCGUAAACGAAUAAACCCUGAGAGGGAGAGCAUCAUCAAGAGGUCCGUUCUCUUCAAGAGAGCUAAGACUGGGCCAGAGGAGGAAGAAGAAAAAGAUUCAAAUGAAGAGCCAGCAAAAGCCAGGUCUCGUUUGGAAAAGUCUACCAUUCUCAGCAGUCUGCGCAACACCAAAGAAACAAGAAGAAAAGAAUUUUUAAGCCUCACUGAGAGUCCUACAGAUGUGCUGUUGUCAUCCAGCAAUGCUUCUGAAUGUCCACCCUCAGAGACAACACAUCAAAUGCUUAAGUUACCCAAUCAAGACAAAGCAGCUGAAGUUACAGACAGCACAAUCUCUACCCAGACUUACUAUCAGGGUAAUUUAAAACCUGUCAAAGAUGAAGGCCCUCGAAUAACACCUGACCACAAACCAUCUUUGGCUGACCGGACGCUCACCAAGGCUGCUGACCCUUCACCACCCAGUUUACAGAUUAAUCUACAACCUAAAGAUAAUGGGCCUCUCGUGACACCUGACCCCAAAACAAGCUCAGCAGGACCUACAGCCAUCACAGUAACAGACACUAAGGCUCCUCCGAUGCUUCCAUCCUUUGAAGACAUCAAGUUGCCUGAUUACCUGGAGAGGUUUCUGCCAAAGGAGCCUAAAACAGCUCAACCAUCAGACAACAUCCAAUCAUCGGUAUCUAAGGGAAGUGUAUCUGUACCUGGUCUUGUGGCUUUGAACAAGGCUGUUGAUGUUCAGACAACCAACAACGUUCCAGAAUUUCCAACUCCUCCUGUGAGCAUUCCAGUUGCUCGUGGAUUCCAUCGCCGCCCUGGAAAGAUCAUGAUAUUUCAGCAGCAUCAAUUCACUGGUCAGUCAUUUGAGUUCUACAGGGAUGAAGUUGAUGCUACACAUCUACAGCUCUCCAGUGUCAUAUCUAUUAAAGUGAUCAGGGGCUGCUGGAUACUGUAUGAGAAACCAGGAUUUGAGGGGCGAUCAAUCCCUCUAGAAGAGGAAGAGCUUGUGGAAUUACCUAAUGAAUGGGCAGAAGAGGCGGGACAAACCUCUGUUCCUUUUGUCAUUGGCUCAAUUCGGCUGGCCAUCCAAGACUAUACUCCACCCCGGAUCGAGCUGUUCUCAGAACCUGAAGGCCGGGGCAGAAUCUCAGAGUUUCUUCUUGACACAGAGGAAAUAGGUGCCUUUGGUUUGCCUCUGAAGACUGGAUCCAUCAAAGUCCACAGUGGAGUAUGGAUGAUAUACAGUGAUCCAGGGUUUCAGGGUCUGUUGGCGGUGUUGAUGACCGGAGAAUAUCCGUAUCCUGAAGAUUGGGGUUUUCCAGAGGUGGGGUCACUGAGACCUCUACAUAUGGGUGGUGUGAAAGUCCAAAACCCAAACGCUGUGAAGGCGGUGUUGUAUGAGAAAGCAGGUCUGCAAGGUCGCUGUGUUGAAGUUCAGGGAGAUGUGUUUUCUUGCAAAGGGAUAGACAGGGACUCGGGGGAUCGAGACAGUCAUGGAUUGAAAUCUGUGGAGUCCCUGAAGAUCCUCAGAGGCCUGUGGGUAGGAUAUGAGCAGGAAGGUUUCGAGGGGCAGCAGUUUGUUCUGGAGGAGGGAGAAUAUUUGGACUGGAGAGAUUGGGGUGGAACGGGUCAGAAUCUUUUCUCUCUGCGGCCUGUCAUCACGGACUUCUCUUCUCCUCACAUGAAGAUGUUUAGCAAUUUGGACUUCGCAGAGCGGGGUGUGAACAUUGACCUGCUGGAGCCACUGGAAAACCUUGCAAACACAGACUACGGUUUACAGACGCGCUCCAUUGAAGUCCUGUCUGGAGCAUGGAUUGUGUUUGAGGAACCCGGGUUCUGCGGUCAGCACUAUGUUCUAGAGAAAGGUCUGUACAGCAGUCCUGAGGAUUGGGGUUCAUCCAACAGCCGAAUUCUCUCAGUCAUGCCAGUUAUACUGGAAAAUCCGAGUUCUUCUCACUUCAAGAUUCAGAUGUUUUCAGAGCCUGAAUUCAGUGGUACAUCUGCAACAAUUGAGGAUAAAUUACCCAGAAUGCCUGAAGGCUUCAUUAUGUCUUCCUGUAGAGUUCUCACUGGAAGCUGGCUGGCGUUCGAUCGUGAGAGUUUUUCUGGAUCACAGUGUGUUGUGGAGGAGGGCGAUUAUCCCAACCUGAGGAUGCUGGGAUUCACACAACCCAACACACCAGUUCUCUCUCUCCAACCUGUUGGACAUGAGUUUUCUCUGCCAUCUAUAGUUCUGUUUGAGCGUUCUGGAUUCAGGGGUAGAAGAACUUUACUGAAGUCCAGCACAGUAAACCUUCAGCUAACAGAGAGCUGCACCAGGGUUUCAUCUAUACUGGUGGAGGGCGGCAUCUGGGUUCUCUAUGAGUCUAAUAACUUCAGAGGUUCUCAGUUCCUGCUGAAGCCAGGCGAGGUUCCUGAUUGGCCCAAACUUUCCAACUGGUCACGGCUCGGAUCACUCCGCCCGCUCAUUCAGAAACAAGUGCACAUUCGAUUACGGAACAAGGAGGCGGGGUUAAUGAUGUCUGUCUUCGAGUCAGUAGGAGAAUUGAUACGAAUCCAGGCAAGCGAGGAGACGGGUGGUGUGGAACAGAUCUGGAUCUAUCAGGACGGUCACUUGCUGUGCAAGGGUUUGCCCAACUGCUUUGUGGACGUCAGUUCUGGUGUCCUGAUGGCGGGCAGCAGGGCGGUUCUGUCUUCAGAACCAGAUAAACCUUAUCAGUUGUGGAGCAUCACGUCUGACGGUCUCAUCCGGAACAAUGCAGACCCAAACCUCGUACUGGAGGUCAAAGGAGGUCAACUUUUUGACAAAACUCAGAUUAUUCUCAAUGCAUUCCAACCAAACAAACUGAAUCAAAGAUGGUCACUGGAGCUUCUCUGAGCUGACGACAGGGAUUUGACUUAAGCUCUUUAAAGCUCCACCAGAGGGACCAAAGUCCUGUGAGGCAGCUGCACCAGAGGGACUACAGUCCUGUGAGGCAGCUGCACCAGAGGGACCACAGUCCUGUGAGGCAGCUGCACCAGAGGGACCAGUGUCCUGUGAGGCAGCUGCACCAGAGGGACCACAGUCCUGUGAGGAAACUGCACUAUAACCUUUGGACUAUAUAAAGCUGGACUAUAACCUGUGAUUAUUAUGGAAAUCUCAUUCUUUACAGAUUAACAAACAAGACGGGCUGGAUUAGGAUCCUGUUCUUUUGUCUCAUUUUACACGUGAAUAUGUGUGUAUUUACACAAGUUUACUUAAGCUGCCUCACAACAUCAUGAAGACAUUUUACAGAAGCAAAUACUUGAACAAUCCUCCCUCAUAAAUUCUCCCAUUUUCUAUCCUGUAAAUGCAUAAACAUACCUGUAUGGACAUUUGACUUGUUUUCCCUUCAGCUGUAUAAAAUUGUUUGUUUAUAA